GACCUAGCCAAGGCAGAACAGGGAUGGCACUUUGGCGCGAUGCACACCCAGCCGGAACAGCUCCGGGAUUUCAAAAUUGAAGACAUGGCGAACACUAUGCAGAUGGUCGCGCCGAAGUUGUGGUCCCUGGUGCUGGGUCUGUCAGGUGUGGGUACUCAACACCUUCUCCACCCCCCCACCUCUGCGCUGGAAUCCAAUUCAGAAGGGGAGUGCUGGGCGGAGGACGAGGAGCCAGCUGGGGCAGAGGAUGUGAGUGUGCGCCAAAAGCGGCAGCGGCGGAUUCAACGGAACAUGUUCGCGAGGAUUAGGACUGUGGUCAUUCUCAGUAUCUUGAUGCAAUCGCGGGACCCUCGCUGCAACGCCCUUCAAAGCACCAUGGGAAUCUUUUUGCACUCUUGCAAUGCACCAGAGAAGCUCACGAAGGUCCUCUCGCGCAUGGGCAUAUCAAUCUCACUGUCAUCCAUCCAUCGUGCAGUUCAUUCAUUGUCCAGGCGGAGCUGCCAGGAUAUCCAGCUCCGUGGUCGGUUGCUCCUCAAUUCCUAUGCACUUGACAACUUCGAUGUGCUCUUGAAAGUGCUCAUUCACACCACAGAUGGUGCGCAGGGUGGCCUCGUACAUCUUACAUCCGCAGCCCUUUUCCAACUCCAGCAGGUCACUCUAGAGGACUUGCCCUGCUCGAAACUCGUCUGGGAGCGCUCUGACCUAAAUCCCCACGCGACAAAUCCU